CGCUGGAGCGAGCUCAGUGCCCGUUCUGUCACGAGCUCCGUCCGGGUACAGCGACCGAACGAAAAGUCUCGUACAUUAUUGACGGCUAAUUAUAGUCGACAGCGAUCUUUUCCUCGAGAAACAGGUCUGUCAGAUUAGUUCGUCAGCUAGCAGGAUUCCCCGCUGUCCUAUCGCGGUCAAUUGGGUGAUGUAUUCUAACAUUUGAUUGAGCUAGCCAGCUCGCUAGCUGUUUGGCUAGCUUGCCGUGCGUGACUAAAAGUCAGAGAGGAAUCAAUUUUUAUUUUAACGCCAUCGACAUAUAGGCGCGUAAUCAUAAAUUAAAAACAACACGGUGGCUUGUUUUUUAAUUAGUCAUUACCGCAACGUAAGAUCGUGCCUUUCCAUCGUUUUCCCAUUGACGAGAGUUCACGGGAUUGAAUGAAUUAGCCAACGGAAACAGCAGUCGCGCUGACUUCCCAGCUUCUCUCUCACCCACUGCAUCCACCUCUUUUCUUCAUAAACACCCGCGGCUACAUUAUUUGUGUGCACCUCUGAACAUCUGAAAGUCAUUUGUUUCGUGUUGAAGCCGGCUUGAAGAGAAAAAACGAGCAAACAUGCCGGCUGUGUCGAAGGGAGAUGGAAUGCGAGGAUUAGCUGUGUUCAUCUCGGACAUCAGAAACUGUAAGAGUAAGGAGGCCGAGAUCAAACGCAUAAAUAAAGAGUUGGCCAACAUCCGCUCAAAAUUUAAAGGAGACAAGGCUUUGGAUGGAUACAGCAAGAAGAAGUAUGUGUGCAAGCUGCUCUUCAUCUUCCUUUUGGGCCAUGACAUUGACUUCGGCCACAUGGAGGCUGUCAACCUGCUCAGCUCCAACAAGUACACUGAGAAACAGAUUGGAUAUCUGUUCAUCUCUGUGCUGGUGAACAGUAACAGUGAACUGAUCAGGCUGAUUAACAAUGCCAUCAAGAACGACCUGUCUAGCCGAAACCCCACCUUCAUGUGUCUGGCUCUGCACUGCAUCGCCAACGUGGGCAGCAGAGAGAUGGCCGAGGCCUUCGCUGGAGAGAUUCCUCGCAUCCUUGUGGCUGGGGACACGAUGGACAGUGUGAAACAGUCAGCUGCUCUCUGUCUCCUCCGUUUGUAUAAGACCUCCCCAGACCUGGUGCUCAUGGGAGAAUGGACCUCUAGAGUGGUGCACCUGCUCAAUGACCAGCACAUGGGUGUGGUCACUGCUGCGAUCUCCCUGAUCACCUGUCUCAGCCAGAAGAACCCUGAUGAGUUCAAGACCUGUGUGUCGCUUGCUGUGUCACGACUCAGCAGGAUUGUGUCUUCAGCCUCCACUGACCUGCAGGACUACACCUACUACUUCGUUCCUGCUCCGUGGUUGUCCUGCAAGCUGCUGCGACUUCUGCAGUGCUACCCACCGCCUGAGGAUGGUGCCGUUAAGGGACGGCUGGUAGAGUGUCUGGAAACUAUCCUCAACAAAGCCCAAGAGCCACCCAAAUCCAAGAAGGUUCAGCACUCCAAUGCCAAGAAUGCCAUCCUGUUUGAAGCCAUUUCUCUCAUCAUCCACUAUGACAGUGAGCCGAAUCUUCUUGUGCGGGCAUGUAACCAGCUGGGCCAGUUCUUACAGCAUAGAGAGACCAACCUGCGCUACUUGGCCCUGGAAAGCAUGUGCACCCUUGCCAGCUCUGAGUUUUCCCAUGAGGCAGUUAAAACGCACAUAGAGACAGUCAUCAAUGCCCUGAAGACUGAGAGGGAUGUCAGUGUGCGUCAGAGAGCUGCUGACCUUCUCUACGCCAUGUGUGACCGCAGCAAUGCCAAGCAGAUUGUCGCAGAGAUGCUGAGUUACCUGGAGACAGCCGACUACUCCAUCAGAGAGGAAAUGGUACUGAAGGUGGCCAUCCUGGCAGAGAAAUAUGCAGUAGACUACUCCUGGUAUGUGGAUACCAUUCUGAACCUAAUCCGCAUUGCUGGGGAUUACGUCAGUGAGGAAGUGUGGUACCGUGUCAUCCAGAUCGUCAUCAACCGUGACGAUGUGCAGGGAUAUGCAGCCAAGACAGUCUUUGAGGCUUUGCAGGCUCCAGCUUGUCAUGAGAACAUGGUAAAGGUUGGAGGCUACAUCCUGGGAGAGUUUGGUAACCUUAUUGCUGGUGAUCCUCGUUCCAGUCCUUUGGUUCAGUUUAACCUGCUCCACUCUAAAUUUCACCUGUGUUCAGUCCCCACGCGUGCCCUUCUGCUUUCUGCCUAUAUUAAGUUCAUUAAUCUGUUCCCGGAGACAAAGAGCACCAUUCAGGAAGUGCUGCGCUCCGACAGCCAGAUCAGGAACAGUGAUGUUGAACUGCAGCAGAGAGCUGUGGAGUAUCUCAAACUGUCCUCCAUCGCCAGCACCGAUGUCCUGGCCACAGUUCUUGAGGAGAUGCCUCCAUUCCCAGAGAGAGAGUCGUCCAUCUUGGCCAAGCUGAAAAAGAAGAAAGGACCAGGAGCCGUGUCUGUGAAUGAGCUAGAGGAGGGAAAGAGAGAGGGAGGAGAACUCAAUGGAGGGGGAGAAAGAGGAGGAGACGGCUCUGCCAUUGCUGCAUCUAAUGCUUCCACUCCGUCCCCGUCUGCUGAUCUGCUGGGGCUCCGCACGGGUCCUCCUGUUACCGCCGCUGCUCCCAGCGCAGGCAGCUUAUUGGUUGAUGUUUUCUCAGAGGCUGGUGUCAAUGAUGAUGGCUUCCUGAGAGAUCUGGAACCCCCCACUGAAAGCUCUGACUCCCUAUUGGCUGAGGGUCCUGGUGACUCUGACUCUGCUCCCCCUUCUGUGGUCUCUGAAGAUCCUGCUACUCCUCUGCCUGAGUCAAACGAACUACUCAACAAGUUUGUUUGCAAGAACAAUGGAGUUCUGUUUGAGAAUCAGCUGCUACAGAUCGGCAUAAAGUCUGAAUAUCGCCAGAACCUGGGGCGGAUGUAUCUGUUCUAUGGCAAUAAGACGUCAGUGCAGUUCGUAACCUUCACGACUACAGUCACCUGUCCAGGAGAGCUACAGUCUCAGCUCAAUGUUCAGUCUAAAACAGUGGAGCCUCUCAUAGAAGGAGGUGCUCAGGUGCAGCAGGUCAUCAACAUUGAGUGUCUGACUGACUUCACUGAUGCACCACUCCUCAACAUCAAGUUCAGGUAUGGCGGAGCUCUCCAGAAUCUCACCCUCAAGCUGCCUGUUACCAUAAACAAGUUCUUCCAGCCCACAGAGAUGGCAUCACAUGACUUCUUUCAGCGCUGGAAACAGCUCAGCCAGCCUCAGCAAGAAGCACAGAAGAUCUUCAAGGCCAACAAUGCCAUGGACACCGAAGUGCUCAAAGCAAAGUUACUGGGAUUAGGCAUGGCUCUCUUGGAGAAUGUGGAUCCGAACCCAGAGAACUUUGUGUGUGCCGGUGUGAUCCAAACCAAGGCCCAGCAAGUGGGUUCUCUGCUAAGACUCGAGCCCAACGCACAAGCUCAGUCUGGGGAGCAGAUGUACCGGUUAACCGUGCGCAGCAGUAAGGACACUGUCUCCAAGCGUCUUUGUGAGCUGCUGGCAGAACAGUUCUAGAAAGUGAGCCGAGACUAGCACCAUCUAGAACCGACACCCAGACCAGACCAGCGUUCCACCUGAGAGACCCCAGAAUAAAGAAUCUGCAAAACACAUUCACACAUAAGGGAAAAAAAGUAGCUGUCAGUCUCUGGCAGCCAUAUUACUGUCCUUCUGAUAAUGAUUAUUAUUACUGUUAUCAUCAGUGCUGCCCUUCUAGUUUUUAUCUGUGUUUACUUGUGUGUGGUGCGAAAGGAAGCGUGCAUGUGUUUUUUUUCCCAUACAUGUGUGAAAGAAUCUUGGUGGUAGUUCCGUUCUCCGUCCUGCCUGUUCAACGAUCAACUCCUGUGCUUGUGUUGACAGCUUGUGUGUGUGUGUUGUGGGUUGAGGAGGGAGGGAGAAAAGUAAAGCAAAAAGAUGGAAGUGGAGCAAGACUUCCCUCUCUCCUGUUUUAUCCGCAAAAUUUCAACCGGAAAAACUGCACAUUAGCUGUUUCUUUGGAACAUUCCCUAUAAAAGACUAUUAGCAGGACAAGAAAACACAAUCUCAAUACACUAACGCAAUGGCACUUCCCUAAAAGAGGCCAGAAUCACUAACCCCCAUCGCUUUCGCUCUCGUUUUCCUCCACUGAAAGCAGUUACAUCCAGAGCCAUUGGUGUACAUAGAAAAAAAAGAGAUUCCACAUGCAUUUCCAGUUUAUCGCACCGUACGUACGUUCUUUCCGACGUAGAAAUGGCCAGUGCACUUUAAGAGGCUUUGAGAGGAAAGGCUUUUAUAGUCCCACCCCCUUUUUCCUAUUCUUGUCCUAUGUAUUCAGUACUCGUCCUGACCCCCAUAUCUGACUAUGUUUAUUAAAAAAAAAAUCUCUAUAUAUAAAUAUAUAUAUAAACCAUGUAAAUGAUUACCCUUCAUGGUUGCAUUUGUAUGUCUCUUUCUUGUUUUUGAUAGUGGUAUAUUGUCAGUGUGUUUGUAUGCUUUCUUAAAUGGUCUAAUGUUUUUGCUCUUGUUUUGGACAUUCCAUUCUGUACUACAAGUGAAUGGGCAUAACGUUUCAGGUUAGUCGUACAGUGUUAAACGAACUGGGGAGGAACUAGAAUCAGAAAGAGGAAAUGAAGCCGAGGGAGGGUCAGGUUCGCCAGUGUGCGAGUUUCUGCACAUGAAGAGUGCAACUGCUGUGGACCUUCAUGUAAAUGUCUUUUUUAUUUUAUUUUUUGUAAUAU